AUGUCAAUAAAGUUUACAGCACAACAACUUAAUUAUCUUAUCUAUAGGUAUUUAGAAGAAUCAGGCUUCAGAUUAACAACUCUUGCCUUUAAAACUGAAACUCAAAUUGAUAAACUAGAAAUUAAUACAGAAGAAGUAGAACGUGGUGCAUUAGUAACUUAUAUUCUUAAAGGUCUACAAUAUCGUGAUAUAGAAUUACAUACUAAUUCGGACGGCACUUCAAUUAAAUGUGAUGUAACUGUACCUUUAAUUGGUAAACAUACUUGUAAAAUAUCCACAGUUUCCGAGCCACAAGUUAUCAUUGCUUCACAUUCUGAUUCUUAUAGAACAAAUGAAGUAAACCAAAAUUUAAAUGACGAUAACAUAGAUAAAGAUAAAUCUCAAAAAGAUUCAACAAAAAAUCCAUUUUCACGUAGACAAAUUAGAUCUAAUAAAAAUCCAAAUGCUUCGCCCAAAUUUGCAAAAUUUUCUCAAGAAGAAUUAAAUAAAAAUGCUUCUCCAACUUCUAAAAGAUCAGUAACGCGUAGAUCAUCGACUUCAAGAACCAAAAAAAAUCAAGACCCUGUGUCUGCAUUACAAGAUUCUAUCAAUAUAAACAAUGAAAUUUCUAUAAUGAAACAUUCUACUAAUGAAAUAAUAACAACUAGUUCAUCAACUGAAUAUGUUACACUUGAAGGACAUACCGGAGAAGUGUAUUUUUGUAAAUGGCAUCCUGAUGAUCCAAAUGUUUUAGCAACAGCAGGCCAAGAUUCUGUCCUGAGAAUUUGGAAACCUGAUCCUAAUCAUCAAGAAAAAUUUAUUGAAGCCUUCCAAAUGGUAAAUGAAGAGUUGGGCUCUAAUAAUUUUAUUUGUUCAAUGGAUUGGAGACCAACUGGGAAACUUUUAGCAACAUCUUAUUUUAAUGGUGUUCCGAGAAUUUGGACAGAUCAAGGUUGUUUAAAAACAAAAUUAGAUUCUCACAACAAAAAACCUGUUACCAAAGUAAAAUGGAAUCCAUCAGGGUCUUUAAUUCUUACUGCUGGUUAUGAUAAAAUGAUUAUUUUAUGGGAAGUAAAUUCUACAACUGCAAAGCAAAGUUAUCUUCAUCAUAAUGAAGUGGUGACAGAUUUAGAUUGGAAAAAUGAUACAAUUUUUGCAUCUUGUUCCUACGAUAAAUCGAUAUUUAUCUAUGACACUACAAAAAAAAAUCCAAUUGCACGAUAUCCUCAUGACGAUAAAAUUUUUUGUUUAGCAUGGGAUCCUUCAAAAAAUUAUCUUGCAUCGGGUUCUGCCGAUACAACAGUCAAGAUAUGGGCUGAUGAUGAAAAAAAACUACAUAGAGUACUUAAACACCAAAGAGAGGUUGAUAUACUAUGUUGGUCACCUUCCAUCUCCAAUAUAAAACUUCUUGCAACAUCAACAAAAGAUAAACAAAUAUCUAUUUGGAAUGCAGAUAGUGGAGAAUGUCUACAUACUGCUAAUCAACUAUCUAAACCGAUCAAAUAUAUUUCCUGGCGUCCAGAUGGUGAAUGGAUAGCGUAUGGUUCGACUGAUUCGGUUGUAAGGUUCCUUUCAAUAAAGGACGAUAUUAUCACUCUUAAAAAAUCCUAUUCUGCUCCAUUUGCUAUCAUUGGCUUGGAUUGGAAUUCAGAUAAAUCAAAAAUUGCUGCUAGUCUGG